AUGAAUAGAUAUAUCUUAUUGCCGUAUCUUAUUUAUGGAUUAGGGCUUAUUGUUGCAUUGCAGCCAUCUUACAUCCAUCCAGAUGAGCAUUUUCAAAGUUUAGAAAUACUAGUACAGAAAUUUUGGCAUAUAAAGGGAACCAUACCUUGGGAAUUCACACCGACUGAUGCUGCAAGGUCCUAUGUCCCAUUGUAUUUGACAUAUGGUCCUCUUUUCUCCUUAUUGAGAUACGUCCUCCACGUUAAUAAUCCAAUGUGGAUUCUUUAUUGUGCAAGAGUACAGAAUCUUAUCCUUUACAUAAUUACUUUUAAAUGGUCUUUACCUUAUUUGGUCCCAAACUGUGAGAGUUCAUUGGACAUUAGUUCCAAAGCAGAGUUACUAAUGAUGACUUCGUAUGUUACAUGGAGUUAUCAAACUCAUACUUUCUCGAACUCAAUCGAGACCAACUUAUUAUUGAUAGUAUUGUCUCUGCUUCAAAUAUUGUUGUCAAAGAUGUCAGAGAAAAAGAACUACUCACAGGUUAGGGUGUCACUAUUAUUAGGGGGUCUUAUAUCUUUGGGUAUAUUCAACAGAAUGACCUUUCCUGCCUUUAUUAUGUUACCAUUUUUAAAGCUAUUCUUUCGAUUUUAUCGUCAUAAGAGCCAUUGGUCAUCGUUUCUAGUUCUCUCCUUAUCGAUUCUUUUGACCACAUCACUUUGUAUAUUAUUGGAUACUGCGAUUUAUGAAUCCAACGAAUGGGUCAUUACUCCCUGGAAUAAUUUGAAGUAUAAUUUUGACAUUUCCAAUCUAGAAUCACAUGGUUUACACCCUUGGUAUACUCAUAUCCUGGUCAAUUUGCCUCAAUUACUAGGUCCCAUGAUUAUAUUUUUGCCACUCAUUCUACUGAAAACAAGCACAACCAUCCCUACAUUGUCAAUAAUGUCGAGUAUGGUAACACUUUCUUAUUUCAAACAUCAAGAAUUUAGAUUUUUAACACCAUUAGUACCACUUUUACUAAUUCAACUUGCAGCAUGUAUUCCCAACUCAAUCCAGCAGAGUUCCUUCAAGAGAAGUGUUAUUAGACUCUUGUGGGUACUAUUCAAUAUCAUAUUCGCCGUCAUCGUAGGUGUUUUCCAUCAAUCAGGUGUAAUACAAUCACUUUCUAACUUCUCUUCCCCUUCCACGCUAGAACCCAUUACAACUCAUCUUUGGUGGAAAACCUACUCUCCACCUACUUGGUUAUACAUGAACUCAAAUCUAACUGUUUCUACCCUUGCAGAUAAAUCAUUGAUUGAAUUUGAAACAACGACGGAUCACGUAGUGGACUUACAAGGAUGUGAUUUAACCACAUUAGAAUUAAUUAUGUGGGAUUUUCUCAAGCAUACAGACCAAGUGAAAUUAUUUGUCCCAAAGUCGGUGGUCAAACAAUUGAAUCCUUUGAUGCCAAUAUUCAAAUUCGACGAAACAAUGUUUGUAGGCAGUCAUUUAGAUUUAGAUCAUUUGGAGUUUGGUGAUUGGGAUACUUUUAGUGUGGGAUUGUUUGUUUAUAAUGUAAGUUUACUUUGA